AUAAUGAGGAUGAUAAAGACAACAAAAUAAUCAUCAUUUGUUGAAUUCAUAUUUUCCAAAUCGAAUCAAAACAAUUUUAUUGUUUGUUUUUUUAAAAAGUAGCAGUAAAUAUCCAACCAAUAGUGCUAUAGUGAGAAAAAUACAUCAUCAUUCUUUUCCAUUCAAUCAAUCAAUCAAUCAACAUCAUCACCACAAUCAUAAUGAGUUGUUUAAUAACACUUUUGUUUAUUAUAAAAGCAAAAUUUCGUAGAAAAUCCUUUCGUAAAAUGUUUCAUCAAUUAUCAUUAUUAUUGUUUAUUUUAUUAUUGAAUGAUUUUAUUAUUUUGAAUAUAAAAUGUUGGUCAUUAUCCGGAAUAUAUCCAAAAUUACAACGACCAGAAUUAGUUUGUGAUAAUGAUAAUUGUAUCAAUGGUUUUUGUGUUGGUGAACUGUGUGUUUGUCAUUUUGGUUGGCGUGGUUCAUCCUGUGAUCAAUGUGGUGGUCGUAUUAGAAUGAAUUCAACAUUUGGUUAUAUAACCGAUGGCAGAGGAAAUUAUAGUUCGGAUUUACAAUGUAUUUGGCUGAUCGAUAGUGAAACAAACAAUGCUACAAUACGUUUGCAGAUUGAUUAUUUUGAAACGGAAUGUUCAUGGGAUCAUUUAUAUGUAUUUGAUGGUGAUUCAAUACAAUCACCAAUGUUGGCCGUAUUAAGUGGUUCAUUGAUCAAUGAUAAACGUUAUUCAUAUCGUUUGGCUGAAAUAACGGCCAAAUCUGGUCGUGUUUAUAUUUAUUUCUAUAGUGAUGCCGCAUAUAAUAUGAGUGGCUUUAAUAUAACAUUCAGUAUUGAUUCUUGUCCAAGAAAUUGUUCAAAUCAUGGUGUUUGUGUUGGCGAUCGUUGUACAUGUGAUGCUGAUUAUAAAGGUCAAGCUUGUGAUCAGCCAAUUUGUCCGAAUGAUUGUUCCGGUCAUGGUAUUUGUGAUCGUACUGAACAUAAAUGUAUUUGUAAUUAUGGCUAUAUUGGUAUCGAUUGUAAUCAAAUCAAAUAUGAAGGAUAUUGGUCAUUAAUAACAACAACCAAUCAACCAGAUGGCCGUGCGCUACAUCAAGCCAUUAUCUAUGAUGAUCAAAUGUUUAUCAUUGGUGGUGAAUAUUUUAAUCAUAAUGAACAUUUUCUUAUUAAAUAUGAUAUGAAACAAAAAAAGUGGGAUAAUCUUUUCAAACAUCCUAGCCAUCACCAUCAUCAUCAUCAUCAUAAUAAUAUACCGGAUGAUCGAUUUGGACAUUCGGUUAUUGUUUUUAAUCAUACCAUUUAUCUUUAUGGUGGUAUUCUUCGUAAUGGUCAUAUUGUUUCCGAACUUUGGACAUAUAAUAUUAACAAUAAUGUUUGGCAUUUGCAAUCCGAAACUAAAUCACUAACAAAUUCGGAAUUUUGUUGUCCAAUUGCAUCGAUGGGCCAUACGGCAACAUUGAUCAACAAUAUAAUGAUCAUUAUAUUUGGUUAUAAUCCUACAUACGGCUAUCUAAAUCAUGUACAAAAUUAUAAUAUUGAUACAAAUGAAUGGAAACUUGUAAAAACAACCGGUGCUUCGGUUAAAGGUGGUUUUGGUCACACAAGUACCUAUGAUCAUAUAACUCGUUUUAUCUAUGUUUUUGGUGGAUAUCAUUCAUCAAGCUUUGCUGAUAAUGUUCUUGUUGAUUUUCUUUAUAGUUAUGAUCCUAAAAAAGAAUCCUGGAUGCUAUUAUCACCAAGUAAUCAGCCAAGAUAUUUACAUUCUGCCUCAUUAAUGAAUGGUUUAUUAUUGAUAUUCGGUGGUAAUGGUCAUAAUUUAACUGAUGAAAAUACUAGUACAACUUGUUUUUCACCACAUUUUCUUGCCUACGAUAUUUCCUGUGAUACAUGGACAACAUUAGAAAAUCCCAUACUUACCAAUACAUAUGAUACAACAAUGAUUGGCCGUUAUGGUCAUUCCUCUAUUGUUUAUGAAGACUCUCUUUACGUUUUUGGUGGUUUCAAUGGUUUUAUGCAUAAUAAAUUGAUCCGUUUCAUUCCCGGUAAUUGUUCGAAUCUUGAAACAAUGAAUGAUUGUCAUACGAAAAAAAUUGGCACCAAAUGUAUUUGGAAUAAAGAAAAACGUCUAUGUCAAUCAUACAAUCAAAUCAAGUACUCAUUUAAAAAUUGUGAUGAAAAUUUACGUGUAAAUUUUACUGAAUUAUGUCAAAAACAAUUCAUUUGUUCUACUUGUCUACGAAAUUCAUAUGAUUGUGUUUGGUGUGGUGAUCAAUGUACCUAUCAAAAAUGUAAUACACAAACCAAGCCAAAAGAAUUGUUGUCGAUCAAAGACGUUCCUCAAUCAUCAUUUUUAAAAAGUAUCAACGAUGCUAAAAUGUGUGAAUCCCGUGAUGUUCAUAUAUCGAAUUGUGAUAAAAUGCAUAAUUGUCAUUCAUGUCAAAGUGAACAUUAUUGUUCAUGGCAAAGAGAUCGAAAAUGUGUUAGUAUGAUGUAUGAAAAAUGGUCCGAAAUCAAAUUGGAUAGUAUGAAUUUGGCGGAUAAACUGCAGGUUAGUUGUUCAUCACCAUGUCAUACACGUACAACCUGUGUAAAUUGUACACAAGGAUCAUGUAUGUGGUGUAGUUCGCAACAACGAUGUAUCGAAUCGAAUGCCUAUUCAAUUAUCUAUCCAAUCGGGCAAUGUAUGGAAUGGACAACACAUCCGCAUAAAUGCUCAGUAAUAUCGUGUUCGGAUAUUCAAACUUGUGAUGCCUGUAUGAAAAAUCCUCAAUGUGGCUGGUGUGAUGAUGGAUCCGGUACUGGUGCAGGAACCUGUAUGGCAGGUUCAUUACGUGGACCAAAUAAUUCAUCACGAACCAACUCCUGUCCGGAAUGGUAUUUUACUUCAUGUCCAAAGUGUCAAUGUAAUGGACAUAGUCAAUGUCGUUUUCCGGGUCUAUGUGAUCAACCUUGUCAACAUAAUACUGAAGGCACAAACUGUGAACAUUGUCGACCAACUUAUUAUGGUAAUCCAAUCAAUGGUGGUAUUUGUCUUCCCUGUUCAUGUAAUGGUCAUGGUGAUUUUUGUAAUUCUGAAACUGGACAAUGUAGUUGUACAACAAAAGGAAUCAUUGGACAUAAUUGUGAUAAAUGUGAUGAACGUGAUUAUGUGGGUAAUCCACAGGAUCUGAAUGGUUCUUGUUAUUAUAAUCUAUCUACAAGUUAUACGUAUACAUUUAAUAUGUCCAAACCGGAUGAUUUAUUCUAUACACGUAUCAAUUUUAUUAAUACACCAUUAUCACCAGAAAUUGAUAUUGAAUUCUCUGUACAAUGUCAGGAUAGUGCUAUGGUUAAUAUUUCGGUUGGUUCCAGUUCAAAUUCAAGUAUGAUCGUCAUAAGACGUUUAUAUGAAGGUAUGCGUUGUGGUAAUAUUAAAUUACGUUUUGCAUACACUGAUCUUGGUAUUAAGAAUGCAACAUUUUUGGUCAAUGUUUAUUCGUUUCAUACACCGUUUUUAUUGCAAAUUUCAUUCUCACAACAUCGAAAUAUUGAUAUCCUUCAUUUUUUUCUGACCUUCUCUGGUUGUUUUCUAACCUUGCUCAUUAUUGCUGCCAUGUUGUGGAAAAUUAAACAACGUUAUGAACUUUAUGUUCGAAGACAGCAACUUUUUGUCGAAUUAGAACAAAUGGCAUCAAGGCCAUUUGCUGGCGUUGUUGUACAGGUAAACAAUAAUAAGGAUUCGAUUAUAUCCAAUCCAUCGCCAAUAGCAUUGGAACCAUGUUCAAAUGGAAAAGCUGCUAUAUUAACAUUGUUGAUUCAAUUACCCACUGGUAAUCAAUCUGUACCGCAACCAGGUCAAACUGGAAUUACACUGGCUUCGGCAUUGGUAACACUUGGAAACGUAUCAUCAUCAUCAUUGGAACAAAAUUGCCGAAAAGAAGAAAAAGAAAAAAAUAAUGUACAAAAAUCGAUGACAAAUUCGAUAAAAAUUACUGAUAAUAAUUCAACUUAUUCGGCUGGUGUUUGAUUUAUUGUCGUCGUCAUUCGAUGAUUUAUGUAUGUAUUUUGUACAAAAAAUUUAUGUAAAAAAAAGAAACUGAAAAAAUCGCACCUAGUC